AUGUCUCAAGAUUGGAUUGGUUAUAGCUAUGCUGCAUUGGUCUCGGCAGGAGGACUCAUGGGCUAUGUAAAAGCAGGUACGGACCAUUACACACUUCCAAAUGUUUGUUGACUUUACCAAGUAGUUAUUUUAAAGUCAGCUGUCAAGAAAUAUUGAUAGAAUUGUGCAUGGAAGUAGUUAUUCUUCAACAUGCUGUGUGAUUUGUUCCCAAACCAGGAAGUGUAACUUCACUGGUUGCAGGACUUUUCUUUGGGUUUCUAGCCGGAGUUGGUGCCUACCUGAUGUCUCAGAAUCCUAAGGAUGUCUGGCUUUCUCUAGGUGAGUGGGCCAAAACUUUCGCUUGUUAUCAAUAACACAUCCACGACAUGUCCUACACGUAGGCUAGUUGAUGUUGGUGAGUGCUCAAACAUCUACACUGCGCUAACAUUUCUUCUCAAUGUGUAAAUAGGUACCUCAGGAACACUGGCCAUUGUCAUGGGAAUGAGGUUUCUAAACUCCUGGAAGUUCAUGCCAGCUGGUCUGAUGGCAAUAGCA